CAGCAUGGGCCGGACGGGCAAAAACCGUCGGGGUUUUGAUAGCGCCCCUGCCUGUAUUCUCUAAACACAUACCUUCACUGUUUUAGUCCGAAGUUCGGCGACGUGAAGCUGAUAAGCCUGGUUACUACCACAUUCGAAUAACAAACCUUGCAAAUUGCUCGAUCGAACGCUACGAUGGCCAUCGAACCCUGCGUGGAUGUCAUCCUGGGGGCCCAAUGGGGGGACGAAGGCAAAGGAAAACUCUGCGAUAUUCUUUCGGCUAAGGUGGAUAUUUGCGCCAGGAGUGCCGGCGGGAACAACGCGGGUCAUACUAUCGUCGUCGAUCUUCCGCCAGGCCAAGGCAUCAACGGGAAAGGCGGAAAAACAAAAUACGACUUUCAUCUUCUACCUAGUGGUUUGGUCAAUCAGGAUUGUAUCGGCCUUAUAGGCUCAGGAACGGUGGUCCACGUGCCCAGUUUUUUUGAUGAACUAGCUUCUUUGGAAUCUAAAGGUCUGAAAUGCUCUGAUAGAGUCUUAAUUUCGGACCGAGCGCAUCUGGUGUUUGAUUUCCAUCAAAUCGUCGAUGGUCUGAAAGAGAUCGAGCUCGGGGGCUCGUCGAUUGGCACGACCAAAAAAGGCAUAGGACCGGCGUACUCAACCAAGGCCUCUCGAUCGGGCUUGCGAGUGCAUCAUCUGAUGGGCGAUUUCGCCAAUUUUGAACAGAAGCUCCGAUCGCUCGUCAAUGGCCGACGCAAGCGGUACGGCGAGUUCGAGUUCGACAUCGAGGCCGAGGUGGCGCGCUACCGUGGAUAUGCCGAGCGACUGAAGCCAUUCGUAGUCGACGGGGUACUCUACCUCCACAAUGCCCUGACAUCGACGGACGCGCCCAAGCGGGUGCUCGUCGAGGGAGCCAAUGCACUCAUGCUCGACCUCGACUUCGGCACGUACCCCUACGUGACCUCUUCCUCAGCUUCGAUCGGCGGUGUCCUUACCGGUCUCGGUCUGCCCCCACGCGCUAUCUCAGAGAUCUAUGGGGUCGUCAAGGCUUACACCACCCGAGUCGGCAGCGGACCCUUCCCGACCGAACUCACCGGCAAAUGGGGCGAACAUCUCCAAGAGGCGGGCGCCGAGUGGGGUACGACCACCGGAAGGAGACGCCGUUGCGGUUGGCUCGACCUCAUGGUCCUCCAGCACUCUCAGCGGAUAAACGGUUAUACCUCCUGGAAUUUGACCAAGCUAGAUGUGCUCGAUGAGUUCGAAGAGAUCCAGGUCGGUGUAGGUUACGAACUCGAUGGAAAACCGAUGGAGGCUUUCCCAGCCGAUCUGGAUAUCUUGGAGAAAGCAACGGUCAAAUAUAUCACUCUGCCCGGAUGGAAGCAAUCGAUCAAGGACAUCAGGAAAUACGAAGACUUGCCGAAGAACUGCAUAGAUUAUAUCUGCUUGAUCGAGAAGUUAACGCAGAUCAACGUCAAGUGGAUCGGGGUCGGAUCCAGUAGAGAUGCCAUGAUCUUCAAACCUUGACCACUUUUAACCCUCCCCCC